AUGGUGCUUCUUGCAAGUACCACCGUCCAAGACAGGGGAGUGGAUCUUUCAGCUCCUUUCCUUGCGCCUCCGUAUGUGCACGGAGACAUCUCCAUGAGCUCGGAGAAAGUUUAUAUCCAGAGAUGUAAUUCUUCAAACUCAUCCUCGUCGACUUCAGAGAAUAAGCAGGAAAAGGCAAAACCAGUUGCAAAAUUUCAAGACCUCAACUUCCCUUUGGCAUCAAAUGAGCCAUUGAAUCUUUUUGAUGAGGCUGGUUUAGACUUAAAGCUGGUUCCAUCGUCUACCUCAUCGCCUUCGUCAUCUAAUUAUCAAAGUGUAUGCACUCUAGACAAAGUAAAGUCUGCACUUGAGAGGGCAGAGAAAGAAACAUUUAGGAAACGCUCAAUAUCAAUGUCGAAAUCAUCAUAA